AGGCAUGUCAAGCUGCUGGACAAAUGCUUCGGGGCCACUGUGACGGAGCAUCAGGUCGCCAUGGGCAGAAUCUCUAUUGGAAUCCAUGUAGCUGCCCUCAUCCCAACGUCAUUGUGAGCUCUUGGUUGAGCGAAGCCGAACGGCCCGGCUACGACUUUGGCGCAACCGCGCCUGCGCCGGGCACGGAGCAGUUCAGCCAGGUGGUGUGGAAGGCAACGAGACAGGUGGCCAUGGCGUUGUCGGAAGACGAGAAGUUCUGCGUGGCAAACUACUUCCCUGCAGGCAAUGCGGGAAAUUUCAAGGAGAACGUCUUUCCGAAAGGCACGGCAGUGCCCAAAGCCUUCGCUGGAGCACUGGCAGCGGCAAAAGGUAAGGCGGCAACGGCGGAGGCCACCUUUGUGACUUCGCCCGAGGGAGUGGAGACCUUGAAAGUUCGGAGGUUUCCGCAUCCCACCAUCGAUGAAAUCCUGGAUAGCUGUCCUGGAAAUGAUUUCAAGGAAAAGAUUGAGGAGGCCUUCCAGCAAGGUGCUGAUUUGGUCACCAUCGAUCGCGUGCACAAGCCUCCGCGCAUCCACAUCCGAGUCAUCGCCACCAAGAACUCCAAAAUCCUGACGCAGUUUCGCCGCGGCUUUGGAGGAGGCUGAAGUUAGUGGCUCGCCUUUUAAAGGACUGAAAUCUUCAGGGAAUGGUAAGCAGGGAAUGGUAAGAAUGCCG